CACUUCAAAUCAGAUAUCGCAUUCGCAAACAGUGUCAAUUUUGUCAUUCGUUAUGUUUUCCCAUGUAACGAAACCGUUCUCACGCGUCAUCGCCAGAUGAUGGAGGCCGAAGGCGUGCGCGUGGAUAUGCAGCCCCUGGGCGACCAGACACUUGAAGACGGAACGGCGCUGCCUUUCCCUCCGUUGUUGCUGGGCAGCCUCGGGGAAGACCCCAGCAAGAAGACGGUGUGCAUGUACGCGCACGUGGACGUGCAGCCCGCGUCCAAGUCCGACGGCUGGGUGAGCGAACCCUUCGAGCUUCAAGAGCGCGAAGGCAAGCUCUACGGUCGUGGUAGCUCCGACGACAAGGGACCGGCGCUCGCCAUGGUUUGGGCGCUGCACGCUUACAACAAGGCCGGAGUGCCUCUGCCGGUCAACCUGAAGUUCCUGUACGAAGGCAUGGAGGAGGUCGGUUGUCAGGGCACCGUGCCCUACCUCCAGUCUGACGGCAAGAGCAACAAGUUCUUCGAUGGCAUCGACUUCGCCUGCAUCUCGGACAACUUCUGGCUCGGCACCGACAAGCCGUGCCUCACCUACGGACUCAGAGGGAUAGCAUAUUUCGAGAUCGAGGUAGUCGCCGGGACACAUGAUUUUCAUUCCGGCCAAUAUGGUGGAGUAACGCACGAGGCCAUGUCCGACCUUGUAGACCUGCUCGACAGCCUGGUGGACGCCACGGGGAACAUAACGGUGCCUGGCAUCUACGACGACGUGCGCCCCGUGACGGACGAAGAACGCGAACUCUACCGUCGCGUGGACUUCAAUCUCAACGAGUACCGUUGGGAAACGGGUGUCUCGAGACUCGCCCACGAAGACAAGCUCGAAACCCUGGUGCACCGCUGGCGUCUGCCGUGCCUCUCUCUGCACGGAAUCUCGGGCGCUUACUCGGAUCCCGGCGAGCCGCAGAUGGUACCGACCCACGUGCUCGGCAAAUUCUCCAUCCGCACAGUUCCCGACCAGCAGCCGGAAAAGCUGAAGGAGUGCGUCACGAAACACCUCGAGCAACGCUUCGCCAAACGAAACAGCCCGAACCGCCUCAAGGUGACGAUGUCACACAGCCCUUCCACUUGGUUCACGGACCCAAAGGCGCCGCACUUCAAGGCUGCUGCGGCUGCAGUUAAACACGUGCACGGUGUGGAGCCCGACCUGACCUGCGAAGGAGGUACCAACGGUGCUGUUCCGGCGUUGCAUAACCACGUGUGCCGCAACACGCUGCUGAUGCCCAUCAACUGCGCGGGCAGCGCGCCGCAUGCGCAGAACGAGAACACUCGUCUCCAGAACUACAUUAACGGAGCAAAGCAAUUUGCUGCUUACUGGUACGAGGUCGCAAAGCUCCCAUGACCAGACCGGACGACAUGGCCCGGAAAUCCACACCGAUUUCCACGGGCCUUAUUGCGAACAAAAUAUUUUUGCGCCUCUGGGCCGGUAGCACAUUUUAAAAACACACGUCACUUUUCCAGUGUUCAAUA